AUGAAGCAAGAGAUUCCUUCAUAUGCCAAGUUCCUUAAGGAGAUCAUGACACGAAAGAGAAGAUUGGAGGAUCGCAAAAUGAUAGCAUUAAUGGAGGAGUGUAGUGCCAUUAUACAAAACAAGUUGCCACUAAAAUUAAAGGAUCCGAGGAGCUUUUCUAUACCCUGCACCAUUGGUAAUAUUAAAUUUUAUAAGGCAUUGUGCGCCUUGUUAACAGAUCUGUCAAUUGCAUACCCAUUAGGAGUUUUGGAAAAUGUACUAAUUAAAUUUCAAAAGUUCAUCAUUCCUGUGGAUUUUGUGGUAUUAGAUAUGGAGGAAGAUAUGUCUAUACCAAUUAUUUUAGGUAGACCAUUUUCAGCAACUGCAGGUACUAUUAUUGAUGUUAAAAAUGGCAAACUCAAAUUUCAAGUAGGUGAAGAAGAGGUAGUAUUUAACUUGAAUGAAAUGGAAAAGUACCCUUCUUUUACUGAUCAUACUUGUUCAAUUGGCACAAUUGAAAUGCUAACCCAAGAGUUGAAUCGAGUCAACCUUGAUGUCGAUCCUCUUGAGCUUUGUUUAAUGAAUAUAGGGAUGCAGGAGCAAAAUGAGGAAGAAAUUGAAGCAUUGGCCCAAUAUUUAUAUGCACAACCUCCCUAUAGGAAAGGGCAUGCAUUCGAGAAUCUUGGACAAGGAAAGAGAUUUCCACCACCUUGGGAGAUAGAAGCUCCAAGACUUGAAUUCAAGCCACUUUCUAGCCAUUUGAAGUAUGAGUUUUUUGGCGAAAAUGAAACUCUGCCAGUCAUUGUUAAGAGUUUUAAGAAAGCACAAGAAGGCUAUUAG